UUCUCUCUCUCGGUGGGCGAAUAUCUCGCGGGCGAUUCGUUUCCCACCGCGGAAAAGGAGCUCCAAACCCCACAUAUACAAGCCCGCCCCGUCCCUUUCGCCACCCACGACUCCCUGCCCUUCCCCUUCCCCCAUCCGCUCAUCGCCUCCGGGUUUGCGCUCCCACAGCCUCGUGUGCCUUCGCCUCGGCCGAUCCGCGUCGCCGUUGUUUCUCGCGAGGAUGGAGCAGACCUUCAUCAUGAUCAAGCCCGACGGCGUCCAGCGGGGCCUGAUCGGGGACAUCAUCAGUCGGUUCGAGAAGAAAGGGUUCUACCUCAAGGGGAUGAAGUUUAUGAAUGUGGAGAGGUCCUUUGCACAGCAGCACUACGCUGACCUUUCUGACAAGCCCUUUUUUCCCGGGUUGGUGGAGUACAUCAUUUCUGGACCUGUUGUCGCAAUGGUGUGGGAGGGGAAGGACGUUGUGUUGACUGGCCGCAGGAUCAUUGGGGCCACCAAGCCUUGGGAGGCUGCCCCUGGCACCAUCCGUGGUGACUAUGCCGUUGAAGUUGGCAGGAAUGUCAUCCAUGGAAGUGACUCCGUGGAAAAUGGAAAGAAGGAGAUUGCUCUUUGGUUCCCUGAAGGUGUGGCAGAGUGGAGAAGCAACCUUCAUCCCUGGAUCUAUGAGGCUUAAAGUUAUCAGUUGGCUCUAGCUGUGGAGCCAUGUCUAGUGUUUUGUGGUAUAUAUAACAGUUAAAUGUGCCUGAAGCCCUGAACUUAUGUGGCAUUCGUGUUUUUGUCUUUGUUCCUGCUUUAAUAUUUUAAUGCACUUUGAUUGCAAACCAAUUGAUGAGAUCUGAAAUAAAAUGUCAAUCUGGUAUUUGCUAGAAA